AUUUAGAGUUCGAUAAGUGCGCGGCUCGGACGUGUCCCAAAAUAUAUAUAAUAUAAUAUAUAAGUGUCGUUCCGAUAAACGUUUAUCGUAUUUAUAAACCGUUCGUAGCGACGUAGCAGUGGUCUACGACAGCGUUCGACAGCGGUGCGCGUACGCAGUGCGUUUGAUUAUUCUGUGUCAUUAGCUUCUGUAGAUCGAAAUGGCGACCAAAGGAGUACAAAAUUUAGAAUCCGGCAAUGCCAACCCCACAGCAGAGCGCCCAGCUCCACCGCCCACUAGGGCUUCGCGAGUGCCCCUUAUUGGGACGAGUUCCGUCAUCGGGCUCUCCGAUGUCACAGACAACAAGCUGAUCUGGAGGCAGCUGCUCGCCGAGCUGAUGGGCACGUUCCUCCUCACCUCCAUUGGUGUCGCCGCGUGCAUCGCGAUAUCUGACAGCAAUGUGCCGCAGGUCACCAGCAUUGCCCUGUGCUUUGGGCUGCUCGUCGCAUCAAUUGUACAAGCGAUCGCCCACGUGUCCGGCGGGCACAUCAACCCCGCGGUGACGGCGGGCUUGUUCGCGGCGGGCGAUGUCAAACUGAUCAAGGCGCUCUUCUACAUCGUGGUACAAACGCUGGGUGCUGUUGCUGGAGCUGCUUUCAUCAGGUUGGCCGUUCCUGAAGACAGGGUGGUGUCCUUUGGUAUGACUUUGCCCGGAGACGGUGUCACCGAUGGUCAGGCGGUGCUAGUGGAGGCGCUCAUCACGUUCGUGCUGGUGCUGGUGGUGCAGGGCGUGUGCGACGCGCGCCGCAACGACAUCAAGGGCUCCGGCCCGCUCGCCAUCGGCCUCAGCAUUACCGCCUGCCAUGCGGCUUGUAUUCCAUUCACCGGCUCAAGUAUGAAUCCCGCGCGAUCCUUCGGGCCCGCGCUCGUGAUGGGUAAUUGGACUUCACACUGGGUAUACUGGGUGGGCCCGAUCGCCGGCGGCGUGAUCUCCGGUAUCCUGUACAGAUUCGUGCUUCGCAUUGGCAAGAAUGGAGAUAGCGGCUCCUACGAUCUAUAAUCUCUGCGCCCUCGAGCUCUCACUAGUGCCUUAGCCACUCUCGUGUAACUUUCAAUAUGCACCUUUAAUAAGCAUUUAUCUAUAGAAACAGUUUUCAUACGUGGAACGUGCACAUUUUUAAGCUACACAAGGGAAUACAGCCAAACUAUAAACUCAUUGACGGCACGUGUAAACUUUAUGUGGUAAAAAGUUUGUCAAUGAGUUUAUAUUUUACAUUAUUUAAAAAUUCUUUCCAAAGUCGAUCCGAAUACGAAAUGUUACGUUUGUUAAGACGUUCGCGGUUAAGUUAUUAUAUGUUUUAGUGAAGUAAGAUAGGGAUCAUACAAAAGUAUUAAGCUGAAUUUAUACUAUGUGAUUAAUUUAUAUUAAGUUAUAAUGUUCAAUUUAUUGCAUACUCAAAUGUUUGAUAAUUGUAUAUAUUAUGAGAAAUAUAAGAAUAACGAGAAUAAAUAAUAUCGUUACAAUGUUUUGUUCACAGAAAUGUAUAUUGCAAAAUAUAUUAUUUGC